CCAUGGCAGCGAGACGACGCUCAGUCUCUGCGUCCGUGUAAGUAAGUUAGUAAGUUAUCCAGGAAGAAUUCCGACGAUGGGUUGUCCAGUGACACGACACCGUGACGUCAACCAACCAAGCUCCCUUUGGGCGCCUCCUUUGUGAGGCCAUGAAUCACUCCAUGCCAAACAUGCACAUUCCCUCCCUCACGCAACCAAACCCCCCUUGACAUUUAUAACAGUCAAUGGCUCUCUCUCCUGCCCAUCUUCUCCUGAAUGUUUUGACUGCCAUAUACCCUGAAGCCCUCCAAUACAGUGCUUACACCCACCCCCAUACCCCCUUCAUUCCUCAAGUGAUACCCCAGUGACGGCUGUACUACUAGACGAACCUCGAUAUCCCCACACAGUAUAAUUUCCCUAAUAUACCCUAAUUGCUGCUGUCGUUGAGCUCGAUCCUUUUACUUGACUUGACUGGAGACUCUCUUGGUGAAAGAACCAGCAAUAAACAAACCGGUGCCAUCAUGUCGCCGAAAGCAGUUAACCGUCCUGUCGACGCCAAGCAGAAGGACAAGGACAUCAACACUAAGCUCCAGCUCUACGGCAUCUACUCAGCCUUCGAAAAUGGAAAGCUUCCAACCAAUAGGCAGUGUGAUGUCGCCUUGAACAGCGCUCUCAAGUCUAAGGCUCUCACCUCUCCCCCGAAAGAACUCUCCAGCGAAGGCCGGCGUCUCGUUCAGGAUCUGCGUGACGUCAUUGACCAGUCCAAAAAGCUCUGGCUCUCCAAGAACGACGGCAACCUGCUCCAGGAAUUCAUCUGGAAUGCCACGCAUCUCAAUGCCGGUCAAGCCAACAAGCCUAAUGUGCCUAUUGACAAGCAGUCCGCACAGCAGGACGGUAGCCAGGCUCUCGAGGGUUUGAAGACCCUGGGAGAGCUCCUCAUCACGAACGGAGAAUUCCGAAAGCUUCUCAGUGAUGCCACUAUUUUGCUUCGUGACAUUGCAGGUGACGCUGCUUUGAAAGCGGGCAGCAAGGUCAAGCCUUCCGAAGAGCAGCUCGCUGCCAUCGACGAACCUGCCCCGGAGAAUACUUGGCACGAGAAGCCCAACAUUUCCGCGGACCAACUGAAGUCUCAGGUGAAAUCUAAGACGCAGAGGAAUGCGCCCGGGGACCGUCAGACUCUCGAAGAAACUGCAAACACUGCUACCCAGGCGGCCACGGGUGGUCAGGAUCCCAGAGAGACUGGCAACAUUGAUGUCCGCUCCGGGGCUCAGGCGGCCACCUCGAAGGCCCAGGAGGCGGUUGAGCAGGGUGUUCCAGAGGAGACGAAGGGCCAGGCGCGCGAAGUCACUCAAAAGACGAAGGAAGUCACGAAUGAGACGAGGGAACGUACGAAGAAUUACCUGAAUGAGAAGGUUCCUGAGGAGCGACGGGACCAGUUCAUUGGACGGGUCAAGAAGAUGCUCGUGGAGAUCCAGAGUCACCCUGACUACCAGCAAGCUAUUGAGACACUGCUUACUCUCGCCGAGAAGUACACAGGUCACGGCAAGGAUCUGACUUCUCAGACUGGUGGAUCAGUGAAAAACCUUACUUCUGAUGACAACCUGAAGUCCGCACAGACUAAGCUGAGAGUCCUGAUCGAGCGUUUUGCCAACUACACUUCGACCGAUGAUUUCUUCGAUUCUUUGAACGCCAUCUACCGCGACGCUGACCAGGAUUCUCAGCUUAAAGGCUGGUUCAAGCAUGUAAACUCCUUCAUUCGAAAAUGCCUGCGGGAGCAAGGCUACGUCCUGAAGGAUGAGGCGACCAACGAGUGGAGGGAGCUCUAUGACGACGGUCGCUUCCUGCUGCGCGAGCGCUACAGAAAUCAUACCGACCGUGUUGCCGAUGAGGUCAAGUUCUUGGCCGACCAGUUCAACCAGGAUCCUCAGAACAGGGCCUUUGCAAACUCUAUGGAGAGACUGUUUAAGGACCUCGGCCAGGAUCAGAGCGGAAAGCCUGCAUUCAAGAAGCAUCUGAUCAAGGAUAUCACCAACGUCAUCUUGCCAACCAUCUUUGAGAACGUUCGCUACGUCCCAAUCCCUCGCAUUGAGGUCUCUGACCCAAUGGUCGAUGUGAUUGUUGAAAAUCUGGUGAUCGAGAGUGACAGCUUGAUGCCGAACGUUGUCGAAUUUGGCACCGACAACUAUUGGCGCUGGGGUCGUAAGAAUAUCGGCAACAAGGCCGACAACAAGAUGAUGAUUUCUGCUUCCGGUAUUCAGCUUGACUUGAGAGAUGUCAGCUACUAUGUCAAGAAGAAGCAGGGAUUCCCGUCGCUCACCGACCUGGGUGUCAUGGAUAUCUUCCUUGGCGGCGAGGGAUUCAGUUUCAAGCUUGCUGCUUCCAAUGCUCAGAAGAAGGACCGACAGAACUUGUUCAAAAUAGACGAUGUCAAGGUCAAGGUCCACAACCUUGACUUGAAGGUCAAGAAAUCCAAGCACAAGGCGCUCUUCACUGUGUUCAAACCCCUGCUGUUCAAGGUUGUCCGUCCUGCUCUUGAGAAGGUCUUGGAGAAGCAGAUCCGGGACUCCUUCGAGAAAGCUGACGCCUUUGCUUACGAUAUCCAGACCGAGGUGAAGCGUGCCCGCGAGUCUGUCAGGGAAGGGGAGGAUCUCCCGAACGUCUAUUCACAGUACAUUAGUGUUUUCCGCAAGAAGAUGACGGAGAGUAAACAGAAGGCUGAACAGAUCGCUAAGCGCGACACCAAGGUGCAGACUGCAGUCACGCACCAUGACUCCAUGUUCAAGGAUAUUAAGUUGCCUGGCGGUAUUAGCAACAAGGCGACUGAGUACAAGGAGCUUGCGCAGAAGGGCGAGCGCUGGCAAUCUCCCGUGUUCGAUUGGGGCAGCGCAUCUGAAUCCACAGAUUUGCCUCGUGCCCAAGAGAUCAGACGCAAGCCUCAUAGCACUACCCAGAGCCGCCUCAGGGAUCGUGGAGAAGCAGGCCAAGAGAAUGGCCAAGAAAGUGCUUCUGGAAGAUACGCCCUCACCGACGCUGAUACUACCAACGCCUACACCAACGGUCGUACCACGAACGGCUACAGCAACGGCGGAUACAAGGCCACUGCACCCAACGGAAGCGUUUCUGCUACCAACGUGGACGGAUACCCCACUGAUGGCUUUUCAAAGCAGAUCAACCAGGCCUUCUCCGCAGACACCUCUCGUGAUCUCUCCGGUACUCUCAAGCAGGGUUCUGAUGGUCUGACGGUGCCUGGGACCUCCGCUACCGUUGACCGCGUCUAAAUGGCCAACAGGACCCGGUAGGGAGAACCUAAUGCGCUGAUACCCAAACAGUCUGUUCUAUGACGAAUAGAUGUGCUACUUGCAACGCGUGAUACCAUUUCCUAUGUAUUGUGUUUUCGUGAUUGAUUUAUGCGCAGAUUCUGACGGCCAUGUACCUGACGGGACAGACGCCGUAAACAACAGCUAACAUGAUGUCAAGCAUAUUAUGACCAAGCCGUAUCCAAUCCUUUCUUAUUUCAUAUCAUGCGAUCUAAUCUUAAUACUGCUACCCUCGAGAGGGCCAUGAGACUAAUACAACCCUACAAAAACAAACACCAUUCAUUUGCGUUCUGUACUACUAGCUAGUCUUUGUCAGACGAAUCUCAUUUCUCUUCCGUUUAUUUAU